AUGAGCGUGAUAAAAGAGGGAGUUAUAAAAAAGCAAGGCCAUUUUAUCAAGAACAUCAAAGAACGAUGGCUGGUACUCACAACCGAAACACUAUGCUACUAUACUGGCAAAAAGGGGCAACUUAAAGGCGAAAUCAAAUUGACAAAAGAUAUGAAGCUAUAUAAUAAUAAAGAAUUCAAGUUGCAACCAUGCUUUAGCCUUGAAGAUGGAACGCGCAGAACAUAUAAUUUUGUUCCAGAAUCCAAAACUGAAAGAGAUGCUUGGAUAUCUGCUAUUGAAUUUACCAUUUCAUUGUUAAAUGGUCCACAAAACGCUAAAAUAAUCAAAAGAGUAGGAGAUAUUAUUGAUAAGUUUUAUAAUAUUUCUGAAUUACUUUGGGGACAUCAUUCAGAUCAAAUUUCACAAGUUGUUAAAUUGCUUCAAAGGUCAAUAGAGCAGAAUGAUUCUACGUUUGAAGAUGCUUUGACAAUGAUAGCUAGAAUCCAGAAACAUCGAGUAGCAUCUACCGCAUUUUAUGCAGAAGUUGUUGAUACACUAGCAAAGAAAUUAGGUGAAAAGCUCAAAGACAAACAUCUUGAUAUAUUACACAGAUUCAAAUAUGUACUUAUCAAAUUGAACAUUGUCCAUGGCACACUGCCUGAAGAAUAUAAGGAUUACACGGACAAAGAACUUAUAUUUAAAUGA